ACGAGCUGAGUUUCUCAGCACGUUCCUCAAUUCUGUCUUCUAGUCCUGUUUUUUACUAAUAUUCUUUCUCAGCACCUUCCUUUACUCUUUCCUUUUCCAUAAACCAACAAAAGUUCCCACUUUACCUCAAAUCUCAAACUCUCAUUUCUUGAUUCCCUUUUACUCCAAUUCAACUCAUCUGUGACUGAUUCACUCUCUGUUCUUCUUCUAAAAGAUGGCUUCUCCUGUGGAAGAAGGUGAGAGAGACAUCGAGAAAGGGUUGAUUACUCCAACACUCAGCCAGAACCCUCUAGCUGAGCCAUCACCGGCCCCAUCUCCAUCUUCAGCAACAGCACCAGCUCUGGUGCUUUCCAAUUCCGGCAAGAGAAUUGACCAAGCAGGGAAAAAGAAAUAUGUAAAACAGGUGACGGGAAGGCACAAUGAUACUGAGCUUCAUUUAGCAGCUCAGAAAGGUGAUCUAGCAGCAGUGAAGCAGAUACUUAAUGAUAUUGAUACCCAAAUGGUGGGGACGCUGAGUGGUGAUGACUUUAAUCAAGAGGUUGCAGAGAUCAGAGCAUCUGUAGUGAAUGAAGUGAAUGAAUUAGGAGAGACAGCGCUGUUUACAGCAGCAGCAAAGGGAUAUCUUGAUGUGGUUAAAGAAUUAUUGAAGUACUGUAACAAGGAAACUCUUACUAAGAAGAAUCGGUCAGGAUUUGAUCCUUUGCAUAUAGCUGCAAGUCAAGGACACCAUGCAAUCGUCCAAUUGCUGUUAGAGCAUGAUCCUGGACUGAGUAAAACAUUUGGACCUUCAAAUGCAACCCCUCUUAUAACUGCUGCCUCAAGAGGACAUAUUUCAGUGGUCAAUGAACUGCUGUCAAAGGAUUGCAGCUUACUGGAAAUUUCUAGGUCCAAUGGUAAAAAUGCAUUGCAUUUAGCUGCCAGACAAGGGCAUGUGGAAAUUGUCAAGGCCUUGCUUGACAGAGAUCCACAAUUAGCAAGGAGGACGGACAAGAAAGGGCAAACGGCAUUGCAUAUGGCCGUAAAGGGGAUUAGCUGUGAGGUGGUGAUAUUACUUCUCGAGGCUGAUGCUGCUAUAGUUAUGCUGCCAGACAAGUUUGGCAAUACAGCACUACACAUAGCCACCCGAAAAAAGCGUGCAGAGAUAGUGAGGGAGUUGCUACGCCUACCUGAUAGUAAUGUUAACGCACUGAACAGAGAUCACAAAACAGCUCUUGACAUAGCCGAAGAUCUUCCACUCUCUGAGGAAUCCGCAGAAAUAAAGGAGUGUUUAUACAAAUAUGGAGCUGUUAGAGCUAACGAAUUGAACCAACCAAGGGAUGAGUUGAGGAAAACUGUUAGCCAAAUCAAGAAAGAUAUUCACACACAGCUUGAACAAACUAAGAGGACCAAUAAAAAUGUCCAUGGAAUUGCUAAAGAGCUUAGAAAGCUCCAUCGAGAAGGGAUCAAUAAUGCAACGAAUUCUGUGACUGUCGUUGCUGUUCUCUUUGCCACAGUUGCCUUUGCUGCUAUUUUUACUGUACCUGGAGGCGAUGAUAAUAAUGGAGUGGCUGUGGUUGUGACCACUGCUUCUUUUAAAAUCUUCUUCAUCUUCAAUGCCCUUGCACUUUUUACAUCUCUUGCUGUUGUCGUAGUUCAGAUUACAUUGGUUAGAGGAGAAACAAAGGCAGAAAGAAGAGUUGUAGAGGUAAUUAACAAACUGAUGUGGUUGGCUUCUGUCUGCACUUCAGUGGCAUUUAUGGCAUCCUCUUAUAUAGUGGUCGGUCGCAAGUUUGAGUGGGCUGCAAUUUUGGUAACAGUAGUAGGGGGAGUAAUAAUGGCCGGUGUUCUUGGAACUAUGACUUACUAUGUGGUAAGAUCAAGGAAGAAAAGAUCGAUAAGGAAGAAGGAAAAGCAUGCAAGAAGUGGUUCCAACUCAUGGUACCACUCUGAGUUCUCUAAUUCAGAUAUUGACAGGAUUUAUGCCCUUUGAUGCAGAGAGUUGCCACUUAACGAGGAAACUCCCAAGAGUUUUCAAAUGAAAGGGUUACAGAUUUGUAUGUAGUGAAGGCAUUGUUCUCGAGGGACUGAUAAAUAACUCAUAUCCUUCCAUCCUGUUGUGAGCUGUUAAACUUGAUCCCUGCACCUGGAGGUGAGUGUAAGUUUCAAAUGAAGGUGUUUGAUCUGUUCAUGUUGGGAGGGAGGUUCCAUUUUACGCAUAGAUUCCUGGCAACAAGGAGGGUUUCUGUCCUGCAUCAGAAUAUGAUGCAAAGAUGUAUAAUUUCUUAAGCUUAACUCAUGGAACUGUAGAUUUUAGUUUGUGGUAUGGGAUCUAAAUAUUCCUGUAUAAUCUAGCAUCAGGAAAGAUAUCGUAAAAACGAUCCAUUAAGCUACCACUUUAUGUUGUAAAGUAGCUACCACUGUGGAAGAAUUCUAUGUAAACUACAUGUUUUAUGUGCCUGUUUGGUCUAUUGCAUCUGAAUUUUCUGGCAUGA